AUGCCACCUCUCUCACCACCUCUUCAGCGUCCGGCCCGUGGCACUGGUGUCAGCUCAAGUUCUAGGACGAACUACGAGGGCCCCCACUUAAUGCACUUGAUCUUUGAACAAAGGGGCAAAACAAUCGGCAGGGGCAAAGCCAGGAGAUCAAGUAAAGACGCUCAUAUUCUAAAGCACACUCAUGGGAAGAGCAAAGAGACGACAGGAGAUGCUCGACUACUGGAAGCUGCACAUGAAGUUCAGGCAACCGCUCUCCCAGAUCCUAUACCUGCAGACUCUAGUCCAAAAGACACGACUAUUCGUACUACAUUAACUAUUCCACCGACUUUUUCCUUCACUACUACUGGGAGCUUAACUAGUACUAGCCAGACCUCCGAUUCUGCCGAAUACCCUCCGAGAAUCCGUUCAACAACGACCGUAUGGAUUCCUGCCACUAAAUCAAGCACAUCGCAUGCCGUCAUCCCGACAGCUUCUAAGUCGCCGAAUACAUCCUCUUCUACUAGUGUCAGUCACUUCCCUACUUAUGCUAUUGCUUUAAUCGCCGUUGGUGCUGUUGGAAUAGCUCUGGCAUUCGUGCUCGUUCUACGAGGUCUCUUACUCCGUAAUGGCCGAGUCGAUCGUCCUAGGCCUUCUGCUCCAAUUCUUCAAGAGUCACCACUCUUCGGUGGAAAGGAACGGUUCUCGCGGGGAAUCUGGUCAGACCCUUCGUUCAACAAUCUGCUCUCCUCUCACGCCAAGAUGGAGAAGGGCGAUGGAUGGAGGCCUUUAAGCGGCGGUAACGAAUAUGUCCCUGAGAAGACUCCAAACAAGAGACAGACAGUCUAUCUUACGGCGAAUCCUGUAGGAAAUAACCAAAUACCACUUCCCCUGUCGCCUGCUUCUGUUUACACGACAGCAGCUCCGCCUACAGCCGUUGGAGUUGCAUUGGAGUUUCCUCUUCCACCGCAGACAGUAAAUUCUGGUACUCAGCCACUCAAAGUCAAGAACAAAGGUACAGAAGAGAAGGCAGCUCGUCGCAGAUCAAGGACUGCUUCGAUGUACGGUGGCACCUAUGUAUCCUCACCGACGCUCACGGAUACAGAGACUGCGUUUGCCUAUCAAGCUCCGCGUCCCGCUCCGAAGCCGGGAAAAGCAAAGUCCGCCGCGAAGUCUUCGAGUUCUUCAGGCGAUCACGCUCAGAGGCCACCUCGAAAGAAUGCCCCCUCUCGAGCCUCGCAGAGCUCGCUCUAUCGCGUUCCAUCCGCGUCUAGAGCAGGUCGGGGACAAGGCAAUGAGGAACCGUUCCUGUAUGCAAUACCGACUGUGAAGAGUGAGGAGCGCCGAGACCGUGAUACGAAGGCACUUACGUCUGCACUUGGACUUGCCUCACCUCCUCAACCCUCGUCGUGCUUCUCGCCUGUGUCCCUCUAUCCGGAUGACUCGCUUUCAGUUGCUCAUGGGCGCGCAUCUACACGCCCUCCCUCUGAGUUCCCACCUUCAGAGUUACCCAGUCCGUCCGCUACUCAUGCUGCCCUUGGAGACUUUAUGCUCCAAGAUUUCCCCUCGCAAGCGACGUUCAACUCUCUACACUCAGGCGAUCCCUUUGCAAAUGAUACAGCCGUAAAGAAAGGAACCAAAGGACGAGUGAACGACCGGCCUCCUCGUGUACCCUCUCCACCUCCUCUUCCUUCUCUUCAGCAGAUGGCGCUGGCGAACGCGGACCCUGAUUACCGUAGUCCAACAUAUAGCAUAUACGGUCUAUACGAAGCUCAACGAAAAAGCAAGACGAACAUGGGUAGUGGCUAG